CUGGCAUUGCUUGAAUGUCUUUUGUCUGGCCUCCCAUCUGAAGCCUCUGUCUCUCAGAAGAGGUGAUCAAGCUUCAUACAGAGCAGAGAGGACACAAUGCCAAACUUAGGUGGUAAGAGACACUAAAGCCAUAUAAAGCUGAGAACUGAUGACUUUUGGUCAAAAUAAUGGAUUCACGUAAAGCAAAUGGCAUCUCACCAAAAGACAAUGAAAGAAAAAAAAGGCCGCCUUCUUACUCCGUCGAGACACCCUAUGGAUUCCAUCUGGACCUAGACUUUCUAAAAUAUGUUGAUGACAUUGAAAAAGGCAACACCAUCAGAAGAGUGCCUGUGCAGCGAAGGCAAAGAGGACAAAACAAUGGCAUCAUAUCGCGUAACUUAAGCCUACCAGGUUAUGGAUGCAGGGCACCUCAGUGGAACUCGUUCAGCACUUUAUGGCCCAAAACCCAACUAGGAGACUCUCAUCAACACUUUGACUUUCACUCAGGUGACAUUACAUCUGCUGGCUAUGCUAGGAGAGGAGUUCCCUAUAAGUCCUUAACAACGUCAGACAUGGAUGCUAGUAUUAAAGCUUUUGAUGAGCAGCCUUUAGGAUGUUAUGUUAGGCCAAAUCUCCUGAGAGCUUCCAGUUUACCCUUAACAGUUUUACUGAGACAACACUCAGAGUCAACCGAAGACCCAACCAGCUCCAAAGAAUACCUAUCAGAGCAAAACGGUUCUUCAGAUGAUGUCUUUAAUUUAUCCUACAGCAGGAUGUGUGGGAUGAACGGGACCCUUCAGCGGCUCACAGCAGCUCUGGAGCGGGUUGGGGAACUGGAGACGGAGAUCAGAGUCAUUCCUGAGCUCAAGACACAGAUAUGUAUUUUGCAAGAGGAGCGAGAACGGCUUUUAGUCCAACUGCAUUCCCAAAAUGACACAACUGGUCCUCUGGAUGUUCCUACUUUUCCUUCUCAAACAAAUAACUGGGAUGCUGCCGUGAUAGCCAAAGGAAAUACACAACAAGCUGGUGAUGAUUGGAUGAAUCGAGAAUAUGAGCGACUCGAGAAGAACGUCAAGGCUUCUUCUGAGCAGGUUGAUGCAGUUGCGACACCUACGAUCACACACAAAAUGCUUCCACGGAAGGGCAGAGAUAUGUUGGAUAAGGAAGACCAAGCCAAAUCACUUGAUACUUUAAAGAAGAAAAUUGUACAUUUAGAACAGGAACUUCAUAGACUUGAGGUAGAGCUAGAGAGGACAAGAGCUCUGUUGAAGCAGCAAGUAGAGGAGAGCCAUUUCAAGGAUGAGAAGAUCAAACAGUUGACCAUACAUCUUAACACAAAGAGUACAGUGACCAGUGGGACUUUACCUGAGGCUACCAUUGCAAGUACACAAAACGUGAAACCUGUUAUAGAAUCAUGUGACGCUCUAACAGGUGGGCAAGAGAUGCACACGCAGGAGGCAAUUUUAACUCAAGGACAACCUUCAGUUUCACAUGCAGACAUGGAACACCAUGUAAAACAAUUGCAAGAGCUCCUUCAGGAGCAGUGGGAAUGUCUCUGCAAAGAUGACUUAUCAGGAAAAACAUCUUCUGAGCACUUGCCACCACGCGUCUGCAAUAUUCAAGAUCAGUUAGUAACUUUGGUCAUGCUGCUUUCCCUCUACGUGUUUUCUAGUGGAGAACGAGAACCAGAAUCCAAAAUGGAAGAGCUUGUUCCUGGGGUGGAGUACAAGAACCUAAAAAAAGAAAGUCUGAAGACAGUCAGUUCAAGACAAAGUGAAAGUGAAAAGGACUUUUACCUUAAGAAGAAUACCAAUCUGGAAGCUGGCAAAGGACUGACAUCACAGACAACGUACCCCACAGUAAAGACAGGUAAAACUGAAGAUGUGAAUACCAAUACAAAAGAAGAUGCCAUAUAUGAUGGGACCACAAAACAGAAAGAUCUCUAUAUGCAAACGAGUAAAGUUAUAGAUGGGGAUCAGGCAAUGAGAGAGGAUUCCAAUCUGAAAUCACAGACACAGAGAGAAGAAAACAGGGAAGCCGUGAAUAAAGAUUUCAUAGAUGCAUGUUGUUUCCUGAAAGACCACAUGGAUAAAGUGUCAGAACCUGAUGAUGAAAUGAGCAAGACUCUCACUGUAGUGUUCCAGCAGUGGUUCAGCAUGUCUGCUGAGGAGGAUGCACGCGCUGACAUUCUUUCUUUGUAUCUCAGUGAGGUUAACUCACAAACACCCACAGUUCUUCCCUUCCUGGUCAACAUGGCAGAUGAUAAUGGGAACACUGCCCUGCAUUACAGCGUGUCUCACUGUAACUUCAGCAUUGUCAAGAUCCUUUUAGACACAGGAAUGUGCAAAAUAGACCUUAGAAACAAGUCUGGGUAUACAGCUAUCAUGCUGGCCUCCAUGACAUCUGCAGAAUCUCCAGGGGACCUGAAAGUGAUCCAGCAACUGAUGGAGCUUGGUGACGUCAACAGCCGUGUUGGCCAGGUGGGACAAACAGCUCUCCACUUGGCAGUAAGACAUGGACGCGUCCCAAUAGUGCAUCUCCUGCUGGCACAGGGGGCAGAUCCUAAUGCCCGGGACCAUGCAGGAAAUACUCCACUGAUCAGCGCAUGCGAGCGGGGGCACGUCAACGUUGUGCGAAUUUUGUUGGAGGAAGCGAACUGCGAUGUCAAUUUAAAAGACAAGGGUGGGCGCAAUGCAUUAUCUCUGGCGACACAGGCCUCUCAUAAAGAGAUUGUAGAUCUUCUGAAAGCCCGCGUAGAAACCAAGAGCUCAGAUAAGUGCAAGGUAUCCUAGGAUGAAGCAUGGAUAUCUCAUUCCUCCCUGCAAAUAAUGUCUCUGUGCAUUUAUAUUUUAAUAAGCUUUUAUGUACAGUUACUUUUGAAAAGGUUUUAAUGAAUUUAUUGGGAAAGCCACACCAAUACGUUAAUGUUAAAACUGUAUCUCUAAUGUGUUUGCCUGUAUGUAAAUAUGUCUGAUAAUAAAACCACAUCUUAUUA